GGGGAAUCUGCGUGAUUUCUUUCAAAAUUCUUCCUCGGUUGAAAGUUCCUCUCUUCUAUUAAUCAAUGAAGGUUUCUACCUUGCAAAGUAAGUUGCAAUGAAGACCUACAUCUCUGUUCACUACAUCAUAGCCACAGAAUAAUCAGUCUCCGAUACAAGCGGCCUCGCAGGAUGUGGCCAGCUGUGUUCGGUAGCUUUCCAAUGGGUUCCGCAAUGUGAACACUUGGCUUUGUCCACAUUCGAUCAUAUUUAUAUUUAUUUAGGACCCCAAGCUUACGCAGCUUGUGUACCUAAUGCACCACCUUACCACCUCCCAUGGAUUCCCAACGUCAGUUUAAUCCCCAGCAAGACUGGUCUUGGGGCGAAACAUCUGGUUCUACCACAUCGGCCUCCGAGUCUGUUGAUCAGUCUGGCGGAAAUGGCACUCGGCACCGUCCAUCUCAAAAUGCCCCCAAGCCGGCGAACGUGGGAUCAUCCGAGCCGACACCCGAGUCGCCCAACACGGGCUCUCACCCAGGCACCCAACAGCAGCAACGACGGGACCGUUACUACCGACAGCGGACAUGCCGAAUCUGCCUCGAUACCGUCAACCCUACGUUCGAGAUGGAUACCAGUGCAACGGCAGCGGUAUUUGGCGCUCGGCCCCGCGUGAAAUACGUGUCGGAUGACCCGGAACUUGGACGGUUGAUUAGCCCGUGCAAGUGCAAAGGAUCUCAACGUUACGUUCAUGAGGGUUGUCUGCAAGCAUGGCGUCAGGCUGCGCCGCUGAAUGAUCGGAACUUCUGGAGCUGCCCAACGUGCAAGUUUCAAUACCGCAUGGACCGGCUGCAGUGGUCGGCAUGGCUGUCUAGUCGCCUCGCGCGUGCGGUACUCACUUUAUUGGUCGCAUUCAUAACGGUCUUCAUAAUGGGGUUUGUCGCCGACCCCAUCAUCAACCUUUGGGUCGACCCUUGGGGAACUUUUAUGGAUGCGGUGGGGGAAGUGGUAGAUGAUUUUGAUGACUUUCGCGGAAACCUUCCAGACCAGGAGAGCUACACUUGGUCGUUGCACUUCGUCAAAGGUAUCAUGUCGCUUGGGCUUUUGGGGGCUGUCAAGACGGUGCUUGCGAUGAGCCCUUGGCAAUGGUGGCACUUUCGCAAUGGUGGCAUGCUCGGUAACGCAGGAAACCGGCGAGGUCGCGAUCGGAUGGAAAGUGUCAACCUUGCCCUCGUUAUGGUUGGACUUUUUACAUUCCUAGUGGCAACUUGGAAGGUUAUCAGCGUGUUGAGCUCCAGAGUUCUUGAAAAGGUCAGUGAGAAGGUCGCCGAUAUCCAUGGCGAUGAAGACGACGAUGACGAUGAUUAUCAAGACGAUGCGGGUCACGAUACUUGACAACAUGUGACUCCAUUGCCUCGAGGGAUUAGAUAUGCUAUGAGGAAUUAGCCAAUUUUCAAUAAUCCCGCAUGCAUAUGAGCGAUGACACCGGCCUCGUUCUCCGAUAUGAACCUACUUGCACACUCUUAAGUUGCCUCAACCUGAUCUCCAUGUUGUGUCAACUAGUCUGCGUGCAAAGAUUGAAUCUUGUCAUGACCCCUGAGUGCUGAAGCGUCUUGCUUCGGCACUCGUCGUGGGACGGGACAAGUCUGUCGACGCUCUUUGAAGCCAUAGUCUCUUCGGAGACUAUGCGCAACCAUUUUUGCUACUCUUCAGGAACUAUGUUUGAUCCGCUUGGGGAAGACGUGGUGAUUCCGGGAUGGUCGAUACAAUCACGUAGGGAGAUGAGUACCUAAAUAUCUAUGUGGCAUAAUGGCUCAAAACUGGUGAUGCAAGGUUAGGCUGGACUAGCGAACUUUAGAAUCCUUUGAAUCGACACUAAUGCCUCACGAGUGCGCCCAGAGUGCGCCCAGAGUGCGCUUGGUGGGCAGUGGCAGGUGUCAGGGGAAGGAGACCCACAUCCGAUCUGAUCGAUAUCCGUCAUUGGCUCUACCAGUAUUGACUUAAGAUUUGGAAAGGGGUGAUCAAGGCCAAAGGGUCCAAUGGGUAGUCGGAUGUAACAAUGCUUCCUUUGGCAUUUGAUAAGAUCCGCGAAAUAAUACGUACGGAGAAGGAAAAUAAAUACAG